CCGGAAGUUCCGUUUGAAACUGUAACAACAAUUUGACAGCUUUUGGCAGAGAUUUGACAGAAUAACAUAGUAACAAUAGUGCGAAUAAAAAAAGUACAUUUGUAACCAAUACUUUCAUUAUACUGAAUUGUCGGGAUGUAAUAUUUAAAGCUGCGGUUUAUUUUAGAAAGAGAAACAACAGGAAAUACUUUGUUUCCUUGUAUUGGCAACAUUACCCGCACAGCUUGUUUUGUGACAACGUAGCUAACCGGUUGGCAGUCACGAAUGAAUCAGGACUCCUCCUAGAAGAGCGAUAUGCAUUCAAAAUAACAAAGUUUUGUGUUACGUUUAAUUUACUAAUAAAGGACAGCCGGAGCUUAGCACGAAGGCCGGCAAAAAUGCAUUAGUUGAGGAAGCUAACACGCUAGCAGUGGUGACGGUAAUUUGGAUUUACUGAUGUUGAAUAACUCCGCAGCUGGAUGAGCUCGCUAGGAUGAAUGAGAAGGCUAAGAAGCUAACGAUGCUCACUGGGUUAUAGGUUGGAUUAUUGCUGGAGAUAAACUUCUAAAAAAGAAUAAAUGACGAGGUAUGAAAAUAAACAGAGAUGUAAUUUCAAGUACGGGGUCUCGGGGUUAUUUACAGCUGGAUAUCCUCAGUGUGGGAUUAGCUCGUUUUCUCCUCGGAAAGACGGCGUUUGCUGCUUCCCGUUACCUCAAAAUACACGGGAGUCGGUGAUGCUGUCGGUCGCUGGACAAACCCACCCGGAGUCCGAAGUGGGACAGAGCAGCCAGACUCCGUUAUAAACCAUGAAAAACUGCGAAUAUCAGCAAAUAGACCCGCAGGCACUUCCGACGCCCCCCCCGACCCCUCCGCCUCAUCAUGGGAACGACACUGGGGAGAAGAAGGAGCCGAGAAGACCCAGGAGAAAGUGGGAAGUUUUCCCCGGAAAGAACCGCUUCUACUGCGAUGGACGGAUCAUAGUGGCCCGGCAGAGUGGCGUCCUUCCCCUCACCCUGGGUCUCAUUCUCGUCACAAGUGGUUUAUUCUUUAUAUUUGAUUGUCCAUUCCUGGUCAAACACCUGACCAGCUGCAUACCUGUCAUUGGAGGAGUCCUUUUCGUGUUUGUGCUCAUCACCCUGCUCCAGACCAGCUUCACUGACCCCGGCAUCCUGCCCAGAGCGACGCUGGAUGAGGCUGCAGACAUUGAAAAACAGAUUGACAACACUGGAAACACCAGCUAUCGACCUCCACCACGCACCAAGGAAGUCCUCAUCAACCAGCAGGUGGUCAAGCUCAAGUACUGCUUCACGUGCAAGAUGUUCCGCCCUCCACGCACCUCCCACUGCAGCCUGUGUGACAACUGUGUGGAGAGAUUCGAUCAUCACUGCCCCUGGGUGGGGAACUGCGUAGGGAAACGCAACUAUCGUUUUUUCUACACCUUCAUUGUGUCGCUCUCCUUCCUGACGGCGUUCAUCUUUGGCUGUGUGACCACACACCUAGCUCUGAGAGCUCAGGGCGGGAAAGGCCUGGUGUUUGCUCUUCAGGAGAGUCCGGGCAGUGCAGUGGAGCUGGUGAUAUGUUUCUUUUCAGUCUGGUCCAUCUUGGGCCUCUCAGGCUUCCAUACAUACCUGGUUGCUUCCAAUCUUACUACUAAUGAAGAUAUUAAAGGCUCCUGGUCAGGGAAGAGUGGAGAAGAUGUCAGCAACCCAUACAGUCAUAAAAACAUCUUUAUCAACUGUUGUUCUGUGCUUUGUGCACCCAUGCCUCCCAGCUUAAUCAACAGACGGGGUUUCCUGCCCACAGAUGAGUCUGCCCAGACUGGCGGCACGGACAUCGAGCUGCCCACCCUGGCCACUAAAAGCGAGAUAAACGUGUGCACGCAAGGAACUAAAGGUCUGCUAGAAUCGGCUGCGCUCUCGCCGCUCCUGUCCACCUCAUGUCCUCAGGGGAAACCUCAGAAUGCUCAUUCCUGCCCAGAAACCAGUCCAGCUGUGAACUCUGACCCCUCACCGGAGUUCUCCACAAGCUGCGGGGCCCACCACACAUCCAGCUCCCAUGGCAAUACGUCUCAUCCACGUCACACCAAAGCUCGCUCAAAGAAAUGCAAACGAGAGGCUUUGCAUAUUCCCAACCCUGCAUUUGAUGACCCCAUUUCCCCUACCUCUCCGGACACUGGCCCUGACUCUAAAGCCAGGAGCCACAAAGGUGCCAGCCUCGCGCCGUUGAACUGACUGUUUUGAAUGAUGGUUUCUCAAAUCAAACACUGUUUGAGGCUUGCAUGCUGUAACACAGUCAGAACCAAGUUAUGUGAUUUUUUUUUUUUUUUUGUCAUUCCUGUUAAUUCUCUAAAACUCCUGGAUCUGAUCAUUGAGUAAGACAAUCACAAAGAUUUGUUCUGCUGUCAUUAAUCUGCAGUGGAAACAUGACAGAUUGGAUGAAGAUGAUUCUAGAUGCAAUUUAGCCUUUGGUGUAGAAAAGAAAGCUCAUGAGAGCGCUGUAAGAAGUGCUGUGCUUCAUAGGUUUUUCUGAUGAGUCUUGUGUAAAACAUGAAAUUUACCAGCAUGUCAGAUUUCACCUAAUUUUGUGAAACAGUGGAUUUAAUAUAUCAGCUUGAAAAGUUUUGUAUUGGGGAUGAAAGCUCUGAAUUCUGUACAUGUGUAAAGGGAAGAGUAGCUCUUGAAGGGAUAAUCCACCCCAAAAUUAAAAUUCACUCAUCUCCAGGUUUUGUUUGCACUGAUAACAUCAUCUCGAGCUGCACCGGCUGUGAUUAUUGGAACAAGUCAUAGAACAAGACAUAGGAGUGUUUAUCCGUGGACAUCUGGACAAGAGUACUGUCCUCAAAGCAAUUUCCUGUGAGAUCACCAGUUUAGCUCACUAUAGCAUAUCUUCCCCCUGGUCUUUCUCUCUGCUGUCCUAUCACAGUGACCCAUGGACUCUGGUGCAGAAUUUAUAUGCACUGAAUAACGCCAACAAGGGCCAAAGUUUGGCCACCCCUCACAGCCAAUGGUGAAGUCCAUUAAAGGAGUUGACAAGUGGCAACCUCAGCAAAUAAAAACUGCAGUUCCUGGAAUGGCCACUCAAGGCUGGCUCCAAAAGCAAGUCAGUCCCUAUGGACUCCCAUGUUGUAAUGCCUAAUGUAACAAUAUUAAGAAGGAUCCAUAAUGACUGUACAGUGGAGGAAUUGUCUCAUAACUUAUCCAAUUGGAUACUAGUAGGGCUUAAAUUUAGUGGCGUGGCUACUCUGAGAGGUGUGCGAUCAACAGGAAGCUGUUGACAUGUCUCUGAUCUGGACCUGGACAACAUACAAGUUUCUCUGUCACACAAAUAUAAGUUCUGGCCACCCCGAUAAAAAUGAUCUGGCUCUGCGUCUGCAUCCGCAACAGAAUCUGAGGGUUCUUGUUUUUUGGUUUGACCUUUUCUCAUUUCUAUAAUAUCAUUGACAAAGAUUACUCAGGUCCACUGAGUUCGGUGGCAUUCAAUAUGAAUAAAUUAAUGAUUGAAAUCUAGAUGUAAGACAGCUGCUUUCCUCUGAAGGCGCUGAAUUUAUGUUUUAAAAUGAGUGAAAUGUGAAUUUUGUUAUUGUGUGGAUUUUUCCUUUGACCUCACACAAACAGCACAGUGGGGUGAAUGUAAAUCAGUUUAGCGGUGUGUACUGCUGUCCAGAUGUUUGUACUAUCAAAUGGCACUGAAUGCAGCUGCAUGGUAAUGACUCAAAGGUGUAUUUCAUAUGUUUCUUUACAUCCAUUCAAACAUCACAUUAAACUGUCUGAACACACCCUUUUGUAGGAAAGCAGUGCUGUGUUCAAAGCUGAUAUUGUAUUACUGGUUCCUGCUUGUAUUAUUUUCACUGUCACACGAUGAUUUAAAGCUCCUUUUCACACGUCCACUUCCUGCUCGCACACCUUGCGUCAGCAAUAGCAAUACCUUCUCCUCUCCUUUUCCCUAAAAGUGUUUUCCCUCUGUGCUCUUUGACAAAUCUGACACUAGUGUGAAUGGAGGAUGUGCUGGUUUGUUCUCAGGUGAAAGUUGUAGGUAAGGUAUUCAAUAUGCAAGUUCAAUGUGACAUGUAUCGUGCUCACACGUAUUGUGAACUGAUGGCAAUAGCUGCACAAAAAAUCGCAAUGACCCGAACAAUCACAUGCACACUGUCCGUCUGUAGUUCACCUAGAGAGAGUCUGUGCAGCAUUUGCUCUGUCUAAAGUCCCCCCCGUGACAUCACUGAGUGAAUGCAAGUGAUGCAUUUAU